CCUGAUAUACAUGUAAACAGUCUAAUUGUGGUUUCCUGCUGGACUAGUAGAAGAUAUGUGAACCGCAGAAGCAAACUGCCUGUUCAGAAAGACCGUGUUUACAAUCUAACUUAGCAAGUGCAAAAAUAAGUCUUAAGUCUGUGGUUUGUUGAUAGAUAGUUCGUGGACCUACAUCGUUCAUGCUUAUGAAGGUUUGCGUAUUUGCACCCUAAAUUUAAGCCAUUCACUGCGGAGACCUUUUUCUAAUUUCUAACACGAGUGUGAACAAUGUGACUCCCUGCCAGUCAGAAAUGAAGAAGCUUCUCGGAUGAGUCGUCAAAAAAUAUAUCUUCAAGAGCAAAACAAUAAAUCCAGCUGCCUUUUGAAUUACUGCUUAAAGAUAUCCAGCUGCCAGAGGUGUUCUACAUCUUUCAGAAGUCCUUUUAGUCUGAGCAUUAAAAGGACUAGACAUUUGACCGUGUUGCUUCUCUUUCAAAUUGCUCCUGUCCAUAUUGCCUAAGCUGAGAGCAAUGCUCCGUGUUUUUGUCAAUCAGGUAUCGGAGCUGUGCUUGAGACUCAGUCUGCAGGCCCCUUUUUGACACGCUUGACAUUUUAUUCCCUUGUUGCAAAUGAUCAGAAAGCAAACACAUCCUGUUCAGAAACAGGCAGUCGUAAUCAUUUUCUCUGGGAUAUGUAAAACAAAUACUGUCUGUGGAAAGUUCUCUCAAGCAUGUGAGACAGAAAACUGUGGAGAACGGUAUUUAUACUGAAGAGUUUGGGUCAAACUGACACAAAAACCCAAAGAAAAUGGAUCUUUAGGGAGCUCCAUGAACAGCUUGGUUCUAACUGUUCUGUUGAUGCAAUAGAUCCUCGUUAAUCUGAACUUUCGCUCUCAGCUGUGUUGUAUUGUUACUUUUAUAAUGUAUACUGCCUUAGAAGGAGCUGAUCCAGCAUUCAAUGUGUUGGUUAGGGUGCACUUCCUCUUGCGCUAGUCUUGAGGGUUUGAAGGUGGAGCUUCAUGGAGUUCCUCAUGGUUUCAUUUACAGUCACCCAAAGCUUUUCAUAUCCAGUUGUGAGUGCGUGCAUGUGUCCUGUCAUGGUUUACAUCACUGACUUCCCUCAGGAUCUUAACUAGUGUCUUGUGACCGUGUUGAAGAUGACUGGGAUCCAGUACCUGGCUUGUCUGUGGACUCUGUUCAUCACACAGACUGGAUUUGUAUGCAGUGAGAUUCAGUUCUUGGAGAGGAAUGAGGGGGAAUCUGUGGUUCUUCCCUGUGUGGUUGAGCAAAGGAACCCUUCGCCCUUCGGAAUCUACCUGAAGCGCAGCUGGCUGGAUCCCCGCGAAGUGCUCUUCAAGUACACCGACAGCGAAGUCAGUGUGGGUAAGGCUGGUGACAAGAACCGCAUCAGUGACAGUGGAGACCCGAGCAUCCACUCUCUGAAUGUGACCAUCUCACAGCUGAGUGCCAACGACACAGACCGCUACUACUGUGAGUUUAUGGUGGCCAACCCUUCCUCUACAGACGACCGAAUACCUGCAAAGACCGAAUUCUUCCUCCUCGUUAAUGCUGAUGCCGCUGGGUCAGCGGACAUAGGGUUGGUAGAGACGUGUUCUGGGGGCUCAGCCGUGCUCCCCUGUCUCCCCCCACGCGGUGAUGCCUUGACUGUAGAGGGGGUGAGUCUGAAGCGGCAGCGGGGCCAGGCGCCCGUGGAGGUGUUGUACCACUCAAAGCGUCACCACGGCAGCAGCCCUCCAUCCUCCUCCUCCCAGUUCCCUAUUGAGAGGGUCCAGCUGUCCUCGGCGCCCGGUCCCGAGGGCAUCACCUACAACCUCACCCUGCAGCAGCUACAGCCAGAUGACAGCGCCCUGUACAGCUGCCAGCUGCUCCUGCGUGGCGGGACCGACACCAGCACCAGUCUAGGGAGACAUGUGUUCUUUGUUUCUGUGCGAGGAGAUCAGUGUGGCUGCUCCAACUACUCCACUCUGGUAUACGUUUUGUCCUCGGCUGGGGUCGUUCUCCUUCUCCUCCUCCUCCUCGCAUUUGUGAUGAUCUAUAAAGGCAAAGCACGCCGCAGUGUCAAGUCACACACUCAGGCCCCCAUCUAUGAGGAGAUGACCGUGGUACAGCCUGCCGCUCGAAAACUGCAGCCCCUGCAUCUGGAGGAAAUGGGUUCCAAGUACACGAACUGCCACGUGAAGAAAUCCUGCCCCGCAAACCAUUACGAAAGCCCCAGCGGGGCCCUCAGCCCCAGGAGUGACUCUCAGAAAUGAAGUAUUAGAUUUUGUCACCAGCAUCGUAAACUAGACCAACUUAUCCAGACUCCAAUAGGCACUCUGAAGUUUCUCAAACAGAUUGUCCCUGUACCGCCUUUUAUCUCAUGUAUAUUGGACUGUUGAUAGUUUGAAAAAGUGAAUCUGUAUUUUGUCAUUCUCUUAAAUCUUGACUGCCACUGUCUGUUUUUGGCUAUUUCAGAUAAAUGAAAAGUACCCUGCGGAGUUUUGUAAACAAUAAUCUCUAUAAACCGAUAUCUGCGUAGGAAAGCAGAAUGUGUAGGCAAUGGGACAAGACUUUUUGUUACUGGUUUCCUUUUGUAAUCAGAGUAGUAUUGACCAAACACAUUUGAGCGGGCUUUGGUAGCAUGCAUGUAAACAGUCCGUGUGGAGAGCAGAAGUGGCGGAAUGCAUUGGCCGAAAAAGCUUUUCUGCGUCUUUGAGGUCUGACAAACAUUCUGACCGCAUUGUCUUCCUCAUAAAACAUUUGCUAGCUUAGAUUGUUGAGAUCCAGGUUUGGCAUAUUUUUGUACAUUUUUACUGCCGCUAACUGUCAAUCAGCAGAGUAGUGUUAAAAGAAAUUGGUACCAAGUCACAAAUCUGUCAAAAACUCCACAGUGUACCUUUAAAUACCUGACAAAGUACUUUAUGACAUUGAUGCUUAAAUUCGAUUAAAAAAAUCUAAUAUUUCCAUUAAGAAUUGCUGUUUAUUGGUUUGCACACGACCUAAUCAGGGUUUUCCCUGAACUCUUUUUAUCACAAGGGGGCAAAAAGUGCGUUGCAUUUGGCAUAAAGUUUAUGCGUAUGAUUCACAAUGCUAGUUCUGACUCUGAAUAGGUCUUAAAUGUAUAUUUAUACACAUAUGACGGACCACAGUAUUAUAGUUAUUAACCUGUUAGGUGUCCAAGAGACCAGGAACAGAAGAAGUAAUAAAUAACCCAGCUGGGCAGCUGUCUCAGCGAGUGACGGGCAUUAACUAACAGCUUACGCUGGACACACACUAACAAAACCAGUAUAAUUGGAUUAAAAGGUAUUUGAGUGGACCAAGGUAAUAAAGUACUGAUUCUGAGUGUUCAGGUAUCUAAUCCCAGAGGGAGGGGCUUUGAUGCCUCUGGAAAUGUGGUCCAAAUUUGUUGCCACUCUGUUCCCUCCUUCACCCAACGCCAAUCAGAAAGUGUUUGCAUGGUAGGCUGUGCCCUUUGCAUGUUGGUCUAGAGCGGCUCAUGUUGGAGGGGUGUUCUCCAGAGGCCUUGAUUUCUGAGUAAAAAGCUGUUUCCUUGCUUCAUUCACUUCCAA